UGCGUGGGUGCAGGCCGGGCGCAGCGCAGGGUGGGGGUGAGAGGAGGCGGAGCGGGCGGCCUUCCCUGCCAGCCGCUCCCUCUCCUGGGACUGCGGGCGGAUAAUUCCAUCCCCGUGGGACUCGGCGGCAGGCCUCACCCCGCGGCCCGGCCGAUUGGCUGCCGGUCCCGCCUGGCCCCCGCCCUCCGUGCCCCCAGCGUCCCAGGUGCCUCGGAUGUCCUGCGGGGAAUCUGUUUACGGAGCAAGCCCGGUCCGGGUCGGGCUCCUCCUCGGCUCUCGCUCCCCGCCCGCCCGGGAAACGCGGAGAAAACCCGGCCCUUCCCUGCCCUUCCCCCCACCGCCCGGAGAGGUGUUUCUCCACCUCCCGCCCGUCCACUCCUGCAGACGGCGAUGACCGCCAAGCCGGCCGGACCCCCGGAUGGGGGCUGGGGCUGGGUGGUGGCAGCCGCGGCCUUCCUGGUAAACGGGCUCUCCUACGGGAUCCUGCGUUCGCUGGGCCUUGCCCUCCCUGACCUCGCCGAGCACUUUGACCGAAGCGCCCAGGACACGGCGUGGGUCAGCGCCCUGGCCCUGGCCGUGCAGCAGGCUGCCAGCCCAGUGGGCAGCGCCCUGAGCACGCGCUGGGGGUCGCGCCCGGUGGUGAUGGUCGGGGGCGUCCUCACCUCGCUGGGCUUCGUCUUCUCGGCUUUCGCCGGAAGUCUGCUGCACCUGUACCUCGGCCUGGGCCUCCUCGCGGGCUGCGGCUGGGCGCUGGCCUUCGCGCCCGCGCUGGGCACCCUCUCGCGCUACUUCUCGAGCCGUCGAGUGUUGGCGGUGGGACUGGCGCUCACGGGCAACGGGGCCUCGUCGCUGCUGCUGGCGCCCGCCCUGCAGCUCCUGCUGGACACUUUUGGCUGGCGGGGUGCCCUUCUCCUCCUGGGCGCUGUCACCCUCCACCUCACUCCCUGUGGCGCCCUGCUGCGACCCCUGGCCCUCCCUGGCGACUCGGCGAGCCCUCCCCGGGGCCCCGUGGCAGCCCUGGGCCUGGGUCUCUUCACACGCCGGGCCUUCUCAGUCUUCGCUUUGGGCACGGCCGUCAUCGGGGCAGGGUACUUCGUGCCCUAUGUGCACUUGGCCCCCCACGCCUUAGAUCGGGGUCUGAGCGGGUACGGGGCGGCGCUGGUGGUGGCAGUGGCCGCGGUGGCGGAUGCGGGCGCCCGGCUGGCCUGCGGGUGGCUGGCGGACCAGGGCUGGGUGCCUCUCCCGCGACUGCUGAUCCUGUUCGGGACUCUGACCGGACUGGCGGUGCUGGCGGUGGGUCUGGUCCCCGGGGUUAGGAGUGAGGAGGGCUGGGGGGGACCCCUGCUGGCCGCCGCUGGCGCCUAUGGACUGACCGCCGGGAGCUACGCCCCGCUGGUGUUCGGUGUGCUCCCGGGACUGGUGGGCCUCGGAGGAGUGGUGCAGGCCACCGGGCUGGUGAUGAUGCUGAUGAGCCUGGGGGGCCUCCUGGGCCCCCCGCUGUCAGGCUUCCUAAGGGACCAAACGGGAAACUUCACCGCGUCUUUCCUAGUAUGCAGCUCAUUCAUCCUCCUGGGCAGCUUCAUCUACAUGGCACUGCCGGGGGCACUGCCUUCCUGCAGGCCAGCCUCACCUCCAGCCACGCCUCCCCCAGAAAGAGGGGAACUGCUUCCCACCCCUCAGGUAGCCCUGCAUCCCCCAGGAGGCCCGCCGGCCACUCUGGACACCGCUUGUUGACCACUUCUUCUUGGAGCCCAUCCCCCAAUAAAGGCUUUUUAUCUGA